AAAAAAAAAAAAGUAGUAAAUAAAUACGCUGACAAGUGCAACGACGCGCGUUCUCACUUCUUCCCUCUAUUGACUGACGAGGUUAGGGUUUCACGACAUUGUGCGACACGUGGCAAUGGCUUAUGUGGAUGAUGAUGAUGCUUCUACGGACUCUGGAGAUGAUGUGAACAUGUUGUUGGAUGGACACAAGCGUCAGGCGGGUGUGCCGUCGGGUUCUAAUGGUGGCCGGAAGCGAGGAAGGAAAGCUACUGGCAGUGCUAUAGUGGAUGCUAUGAUGGAGAUUGCGGCUGCUUCGAAGAUGAGGGCUAGCGCGAUUGUGAAGAAUGAGGACAGAUUCUCCAUAAACAAGUGCAUCAAAGUGUUGGAUGAGAUGCAAGAUACACCAAUCAGCUUGGAUGACAUUGACUUAGAAUUGGAUGAGAUGGAACUAGUUGCCGCUGCUGCUGGAUACUAUUACUAUAGCUGUCUAACUAAACAGCCUUCCCGCAGGAAAUGUGAAUUUAUGGCAGAAGUGCUGAAUGGGCAUGAUGACUUUUUUCGGGAAAUGUUGCGUAUGGACAAGCAUGUAUUUCACAAGUUGUGUGACAUUCUCCGUCAAAGAACCCUGUUACGUGAUACUCCUGGGGUAAUGAUAGAGGAGCAGUUAGCAAUAUUUUUAAACAUCAUUGGCCAUAACGAACGUAAUAGAGUGAUUCAGGAGCGGUUUCAGCACUCCGGUGAAACCAUUAGCCGACAUUUUAAUAAUGUACUGAAGGCUGUUAAAUCACUGUCACGUGAAGUUUUACAACCUCCUCAGCCCACAACACCUCCAGAAAUUCUCAACAGCGCUAGAUAUUACCCAUAUUUCAAGGAUUGUAUAGGAGUAAUUGAUGGUAUGCAAAUUCCUGCACAUGUUCCCGCCAAAGAUCACUCUCGAUUUCGCAAUAAGAAAGGUAUCCUAGCUCAAAAUGUGCUGGCAGCUUGCACAUUUGACCUGCAGUUUAUAUUUGUUUAUCCUGGUUGGGAAGGCUCAGUCAGUGAAUCACGUGUGUUAAGGGCAGUCCUUGAUGACCCAGAUCAGAAUUUCCCCCAAAUACCUCAAGGAAAGUAUUACCUUGUUGACAUGGGAUACUUCAAUACCGAAGGUUUUAUUACUCCUUUUCAAGGUGUUCGGUACCAGCGUCAUGAGUAUAGAGGUGCUAAUCAAUUCCCCAGAAAUGCAAAGGAGCUGUUUAAUCACAGGCAUUAUUUUCUGAGGGGUGCUAUCCUGAGGUCAUUUACUGUGUUGAAAGCUAGAUUCCCCAUCCUUAUACCUGCUCCUCAAUAUUCCUUUCAGAUUCAGCGCGACAUAGUCAUAGCUGCAUGUGUUUUGCAUAAUAUUAUUCGCCGUGAAGAUAGAAAUGACUGGUUAUUCAAUAGCCUUGGGGGGACACCAGUGGACGAACUUACAGUUCUUGAUGAACUUCCUGAUGUUCAGUUGCUUUCUUCAAUGCAAGAACAACUUGCAUUCUCGUUACGGGAUUCAAUUGCUUCAGCUAUGUGGGAUGACUUCUUAAAUAAAUGGGAUGAGUGGUGAUUAUUUGCUUGAAAUAUUUCAUGAUACUUUUGUGACUCAAUAUGGGGGCGGCCUUUUGCAAAUGGGCGUGUAGGCUCUGAUGGAACUGAUGGCCACCUUAAUUUGAUGUAUAGGUCACUGUCCAUUAUUAUUGUUAGUAACAUGAAAUUUUGUGUAGUCUCUGCUUAUAUUUGUCAAAUAUUUACAUUGAAAUGGAAUUGUGAAUGCUGCUUUGAGUUAGAUAAAGAUAUUGCUGUGACUGUACA